UUUUGAAGUACGAUUUCAAGACGAUGGCUAUCGGUGAUGUGAAAAUCUCUAGCGCUUUAAUCGCUGCACUCUUUUUGUCUUUAAGUCUUGGAUACGUACACUGUCAAGCUGAUUGCACCAUGCUUGUUCACAAAAGUCAAGGAAUACAAGUACCAGAUUAUGCAAAUUUAGAAAUCGGCUACAACACUCAGGAUGAUUGUUUCGAGUUCUGCAGGACUAAGAGCGACUGUCUUAUGGCAGGAUUUGCUGACGAAGAAUGCCACUGGGACUCUGUGCUACAUGUCUUAGACAACGACCCAACUUACCUUUCGGCAACCAAAACAUGCCCUAGUACAACGUCGACAACAUCUACAACCACAACAACGCCGACCACCACAUCAACCACAACAACGCCGACCACCACAUCAACCACAACAACGCCGACCACAACAUCAACCACCACAACGACGACCACAACGACGACCACAUCAACCACCCCUACCACCACCAACGAGAUGACCAGUGCCAGUUCAACAAAAGCACAAGCUUCCUGCUCCCCCAGCGUGUUUCAGGAUACAGACAGCGACACCGCUUCCAUCACACUCGCCAUUUCCGGUUCCGGCGACUGUCACACGGCAUGCAAGCUCGUCCAAGAGUGCUCGAAUUAUGUGUACUCAUCCAGCACGUGCAGUCUGUACACGUCAUCGUCUGACGUCACCUCGCUCGCAGGGAGUGAGCUGGGAAAUAAAAUCAACUGUCCGGACGGCAGCCAUUGUUGUUUUGACACGAAGAGCGACACGACGGUCAACGCAGGGACCCUGCUGGCCAGGCUCACCCUGUCGCAGGCAUCCUGCGAGCAGGCCUGUGCCAUGCUCAGCAACUGUCGCGCCGUCGUCCUCACAGGGUCCGCCUGCAAAGUCUACCUGACAGACCCUGUGAAAGUCAGUCGUCCAGGACUUGUAAUGUCAGUGAAAUCAUGCAGCCAAGGUUCUGUAACUCUGAGAGCCGAGUGUAACAAUGCAAGAAGUAGCCUGAGUUACUUCAAUCUUCUGAUGGCUGUUGUGACAGCUGCAUUCAGCGUCUUGGUGCUGCAGAUUUGACAUGGGUCAGGAGCAGAUGAUACGACAAGCUGAUUGGUUGAUUUGUCACCAGCGUUUGAAUCCAUGCAACAGCAAAUUUGAUUGGACCAACUGGCACAUUCGUGGUAGAUCAAACUUCGCUGAGCUAGCCAUUUUCUUUGAAAUUUUUUUAAGUUUUAAGAUAGUUGAU